AUGGCCUCGACCUCAGCUGCUGCCGGUCUUCUUGGCCGCCAACUCAAGCACAUGCAAACGGACAAGGACAUUCCGGGCAUCAGUGUCGGCCUGGUGGAUAACAACGUCUUUGAGUGGGAGGUCAUGCUCAUGAUCAAUGAUGACUGCAAGUUCUACGGAGGUGGCUUCUUUAGGGCACGUCUGUCAUUCCCGCCCGAGUACCCUCUGCUUCCUCCGAAGAUGAAAUUCGAGACUCCCAUUUUCCACCCUAAUAUCUAUCCCAGCGGCGAUGUCUGCAUCUCCAUCCUACACCCUCCGGGUGACGACAAAUACGGCUACGAGUCUGCUUCGGAACGUUGGUCGCCGGUCCAGACUCCUGAAACCAUCCUCCUCUCCGUCAUCUCCAUGCUAUCAUCACCGAAUGAUGAGAGUCCUGCUAACGUCGAGGCCGGGAGGCUGUGGCGCGAUGACCCCAAGGAAUUCAAGAAGAAGGUCAGGAAGUGUGUGAGGGACAGCCUCGAGGAGGGCAUGUAA